AGCGGGAUGGCUUCUAUUCUAUAAGAUUGCAAAGGACGUAAAAAGUGAAUGAGAGAGAGAGAGAGAGAGAGAGAAUUUAAUUCCUUCCCAACCCACAAGAAGAAACUCACAUGAAUUAAAACAAGCUUUAAGAAGGAGACAAGUUGCUUUUUAACUUCAUUCCCUUCUUCUUUCUUUUUUUUUCCCCUUUUCUUUUCUCUCCCUCAUCUGUCACUUUCUCUCUCUUCCCAAGAGAGAUAUCGUUGUAGUUGGAGUGCAUAUAGUUUAGGUGACAGGAGAAAGAUAUAGAUCUCGUGUCGAGUGGUAUAUGGGAAGUGUGAGGAAAAGCGAGACGGAGGAAAAAAAAGCGAAGAACAGGAAAUCAUGACUUGGUGCAAUAAUGACAAUAAGAGUGAUGAGCAGAGAAAUGAGAGCGCAACCUCACCACCGCCAUCCAACAACAAGGCCGGUGUUGUUGCCAAGAGGCCUCCAGUGUUCAGGACUUGUCCUUCCUGCGGGCAUGAAUUUGAAAUCCAGGACCAGACUGGGAUUCAGGAAUUGCCAGGGCUGCCGGCUGGAGUCAAGUUCGAUCCAACGGAUCAAGAGCUGCUCGAGCAUUUGGAAGGGAAGGUGCGGCCUGAUGCUCGGAAGCUUCACCGCUUGAUCGAUCAGUUCAUCCCUACCCUUCAGGGAGAGAACGGGAUUUGCUACACCCAUCCAGAGAAAUUACCAGGCGUGAGCAAAAACGGCAUGAUCCGCCACUUCUUUCACCGGCCCUCCAAAGCGUACACGACCGGCAACAGGAAGAGAAGGAAGGUCCACACGGACGAGGAAGGCGGCGAGACAAGGUGGCACAAGACGGGCAAGACCCGCCCGGUCUUCAUGAAAGGAGAGCUCAAGGGCUACAAGAAGAUACUUGUGCUCUACACCAACUAUGGGAAGCAAAGGAAGCCAGAGAAGACCAAUUGGGUGAUGCAUCAGUACCACCUUGGCAACAAUGAGGAAGAGAAAGAAGGUGAGCUGGUGGUAUCAAAGGUCUUCUACCAAACACAGCCAAGGCAAUGUGGUUCGCUCAUGAAAGACUCAUCAUCACUUAAGCUGAAUGGACCGAGCGGGCACGAGAAUGCUAAUCUCAAGAACAAUCCUGCCCUGGUGGAGUACUAUAACUCUUCUUACAUAUCUUUUGACCAAGGAAGCCAAAAUAGGGCAAGCUCUCAACAUCAGAUGAUCCCUCGCCAUUUUGCAGUCCAUGGUGGGUCUUCUUUUGUCUCUUGAACAUACAUUUGAGGAAACCCAGAAAACGAAGAGUAUAUUAUGCAAUGCUUUUAACUUAAAGUGACAUACUGACGUAAUAUUAUCAAUCCCACCGAAUGAUGAUAUUUCAUGAGCAUGACACUUGGUUGUAAGCAUUGCAUUGAUAUAUUCUUCUUCUUUUAUUUGAAAGUAAGGGGACUAUUGUUGAAUGCAUUAUGGAAUGGCUAAAGUAGAAUGCUAGAACCAAUCAUUGAAGAAUUGAUGGAAUAAGUUAAUAGGCAUUAUGUGACUCCAAAUUCUGGUGGAAAAGGUAGGGGAGGAAUAAGGAAGGUCUGUCAGAUGAAGGCUACAAGAGGUAGAUUCUUCUAUGUGGUCAUACAUAUAUACAUCUGAUGAUUCUUAGGGCUGCUUUUACAUUUUAUAUAUUUUUUGCGAACUUUAUGCUUAGGCGUAUGCUUUGUACAGUGUCCAGGUGUGAGUUUCAUGUGGUCCAUGCCCCUUUUUGAGGGACAGAACUAUUAAUGUUAUGUAACUGUACAAAGCUUAUUCUUGCCUCAAAGUAAUUGGACACCUCUACCUCUUUUUUUCCCUUUA